AAAGGGAGCUAGGAGGUAGACGGGAAGUCUCUCUGGGUUCUGUGGAGGAACUGACACCAGGACACGGAUCGGGCCCAGACCGGAGACGCACUCAGAAUGAGGACUGUGGCGCUGCUCAUCUUUGCUUUUAGCUCAGCCCUGGCAAUAAGACAAAGAAGUGGAUUCACACGCUAUCGGUCAUGGAACUCCCGCAUGUAUCCCGUUUGGCAAGAUGGAGACCCCAGAUUCAGGAACUGUUGGUUUGGUGGGGAAGUGAGCUUUGAUUUGAAAAACGAUGCCCCCACCCUGACAGGAGCAAAGGCAACCUUCACGAUCAACCUCAAUUUUCCACCAAACCAGACCAUUCUGCCUGACGGACAGGUGGUGUGGGCGCGUAACUGCACCAUUGACGGACGUAAGUAUCAGGAAGGCCGGGCUGUUUAUCCAGAGCAAGACCCUGCAUGGACCGGAGCUUUCCCCGAUGGCACACCGAUCACUGGGGCCCAGAACAGGAAGCCUCGCUAUGUGUUUGUGUGGAAAACAUGGGGGCGUUUCUGGCAGGUGGCAGAUGGACCUUCCUCCUCACUCACCAUUGGAACAGACAAUGUUGCCUUGGGCUCCUACAACAUGGAGGUUGUGAUCUACCACUGCCGUGGAAGAGACAAGUUCAUCCCUCUUGGCUACGCAUCUACAGUCUUCAGCAUCACAGACCAGGUCCCUUUCAGCAUAUCGCUUGCUCAAGUCAAUGAUGUGAAUCAAAACGACCAGAACUUCAUCCAGAACCAAGCCAUCGCUUUCACAGCCACGCUCCAUGACCCCAGCCAGUACCUGAACAACGCAGACAUCAGUUUCACCUGGGACUUUGGUGACAACAGUGGAACGCUGAUCUCCAGAGAGCGCUCAGUCACGCAUACAUACUUGUCAGUAGGAACCUUCAAACCUCAGGUCAUCCUGAUGGCAAGCAUCCCCAAUGUCUGUGGAAACCCAACUGCUGUUGCUCCCGUUGAAGCUUCUGCUGCUCCAGCAGUGGUGGUUAUGGCCUCCACCCCUGCGGCUGUUCCAGCUGCACCAGCUGAGGGAGGGGAUGCUAUCGCAUUGGAUGUUCCUUCCUCGGAUGCCACUCCACUCGCCGCCUCUGUCCAGCCCGCUGACGCUCAAGCGGCUGCGGAAACAGACGCUGCCGCCACUGCAGAAGACAACACCGCUGAAGCAGAUGCUGCAGCUGCUGAGGAGGAGACAGAUGCAACAGCUGUAGAAGUUAAUGCAGAUGAGGCAGAUGCUGCAGCUGUGGAUGUUGCUGCUGAGGGAGCAGAUGCAGCUGCAACGGUGGCGGCAACAGUUGCUCCUGUUGCACCAGCAGCAGAAGAAGCAGUAAAUGAAGAAACAGUCAUUGAAGAUGUUACUGUGGUGGCAGACGCAGCUGCUUCUGCAGCACCAGCUGCAGCGGGAGAAGCUGAAGUGGAAGCUGCCACAGCUGUUGUAGACACAGCUGCAGUACAAGAAGCUGACGAAACGGCUGCUGCUGACGAAACUGCUGCUACUGCUGCUGACGAAACGGCUGCUGCUGCUGACGAAACAACUGCUGCUGACGCCACAGAGGUUGUCCAAGCUGAAACUGAAACACCUGUUGAUAAUGUUGUGGCUCUUGCUGCCACAGAAGCCACGGUGGCUCAAGAGGCAGAAGCAGCUGAUGCUGAAGCUGAAGUGGUAGAAACUGUCAACGCGGUAGCAGCCACUGCAGCAGCUGCAGAAGCUGUUCCAGCUGAGGGUGAAGUUCAGGUGGAAGUGGAGGCAGAUCCAGCACAAGUUGCCCUCGUUUUGGUCAAAAGACAGGCCCCAGAGCUGGCAGCUGACUGCACAGUCUACCGUUACGGAUCUCUUGCUACGUCUGUAGAUGUUGUCCAGGGCAUUGAAAGUGUGGAGAUCGUUCAGGUGUCCAGUGUUGUGCCCAUAGCCACCGCUUUGGAUCAGAAUGCUGUGGAUGUCACCAUUAGCUGUCAGGGAAGUCUUCCGAGUGAGGUCUGCACUAUUGUUUCGGAUGCUGACUGCAUCACACCGGUACAAACCAUCUGUAACGCAGCCACGCCCUCCCCUGACUGCCAGCUGAUCCUCCGCCAGUUUUUCAACGACACCGGAGUGUUUUGCCUCAAUGUCUCACUCACUAAUGACGUCAGUCUCGCUAUGACAAGUGCCAGAGUCAAUGUUGCAGUUGCCUCCGGAGGUUCUCCAGCUGGAACUGCUGCCACAGUGUUGGGGGUCAUGGUCCUCGCCUGUGUGGUUUGUUGCAUUGGCUUAAUGUACAGGCGCUUCAAGCAGUACCAGCCGCUAAGUGAAGGCCACGAUGCUGACAACGGUGGUAGUUUCGGAGUGACAUCGGUGCCUUUGCUGCUGUGGAAUCUGCUGAGUCGGCAGUCACCGGGGGAAAGCCGUCCACUACUUCAGGGAAGGAUUGUCUAAAAAUCCCCAGCAUUUCAUUCACAACAUCCACUAACACAUCUGCUUUCUUAACUUUUUAGUGAGACAACUCUCUGAGCCAUAAACCAUGUAGGAUGAGUAAACCAUCCUUUUGAGGCCUUUAUGUCAAAACCAGAAGUUAUUACCGUAUUACAGAGAAAAAUAUUAUUUAUUUUGUGCUAUAGCAUAAUUUAAAUUGGCACUGAUACUAGGGCAAUCAUAUAUCUUCUUAUUCCGCUUCUACUAAACUCUUAGGAUAGACUUUUUCGUGUUAUUUCCAACAGUGUGGUUAUGACUAAGUUUGUUGCAGAGCAGUAUCACUUUUGCUACAUACACUGUAAAACUAAUAAAAUUGACAUUUCUCACCA